ACAAUUAAAACUUGGAGGCUCAUCCGCUGCGAGAUGAGGUGAGUUGGGGGCUCUUUAGGUAUCGCCAAGGACAGCUACGUGCAUGUACACACACAUGUACAAACCAGGUACCGCUACCAUUUUCCAAGUUACGGGGUACCUGCCAUCCACAUCCCUGCAAGAGCCUGGAGCUUGCCGCGCCAGUGUGUGUUUGCCUUGCAGCUACACUGGCGACCAACCUCAGCCAGCCAGUAUAGACAUCGUCACAAGCUACCUCUUACCUAGGUAGCUUCACCUAUCUAAUUCCACGACGACGACGACGACGACAAAAACAACUCCUACACUCGACAUCAGGAGCCAAAACGUCACCCAAGGCCCUUCGAAACAGCCGACAUAAGUGCACCACAAACGACGCCGCUCUGUCUCUCCCUCCCUAACUUUCUGUCACUCAUCAUCACAACCUCGCAAUGGCCUCACCAUUUUCGAUAAACGGCGGCGCCUGCGUGGCCAUGGUGGGCAAAGACUGUGUAGCCAUCGCCUGCGAUCUGCGUCUCGGGCUACAAGCCCUGACGGUAUCCAACAACUUCCCCAAGGUCUUCCAGUACGGCGACAACGUCUUCCUGGGUCUGACGGGGCUGGCCACGGACGUGUCGACCGUGUCGGACCUGUUCCGCUACAAGGUGAACAUGUACCGCCUGCGCGAGGAGCGCGCCAUCGCCCCUUCCACCUUUGCCAACCUCGUCUCCUCGUCGCUGUACGAGCGCCGCUUCGGCCCGUACUUCGUGAGCCCCGUCGUCGCCGGACUCGACCCCAAGACCGGCGCCCCUUUCAUCUGCGGCUUCGACUCCAUCGGCUGCAUCGAUUUUGCCAAGGACUUCAUCGUUAGCGGCACCGCCUCAGAACAGUUGUUUGGCAUGUGCGAGAGUCUGUGGGAGCCUGAUUUAGGACCAGAGGAUCUGUUCGAGACAAUCUCGCAGGCUUUGUUGAGUGCAGUUGAUCGGGAUGCGUUGUCUGGUUGGGGUGCACAUGUUUAUGUCAUCGAGAAGAACAAGGUGACCAAGAGAUUGCUCAAGGGACGACAGGAUUAAAUCAUAAAUUGCAACGAUAGAUCUUCUCAGUUGAAAGAACCGAGAUAAGCAUAUGAGGUUACAAGAUCCAGGCCCCCAUGGCCAUAGCACCCAUCGAAACAACUACAAUAGUGAUGGAGGGGCUAGAGACUAUCGCUUCAGGCUCUCUUGAAAGCAAGCUCUAUGACUAUGGAUAUGCCACCCAGUACCGACUCUUGAUAGUGGGAAUCGGCUCUGGGUGCCUCCGUAAGAUUUUAUAGUAUCUAGAGAAACUGGAAUGGGAUAAUGGAAAUGCACAAUAUUUCACAAU